AUGUCUUCUUUACCCUCUCUUAUCAACUCCUUGACAGAUAACGCUGCAAAGGGCACAGGGAUUGUGAAGCUUGUUGGUAUUGCUAAGAGCACUCUUCACUUGCAAUCUAAUCAGCAGAUCCCAGAUGCACUUAUCACAUAUCUCAAAGACCAGCAGCAGUCUCAAUUUGGUUCAUAUCCAGACCACAAAGACAUAGCACCAAGCAGCGUCUUUACGGCUGUGUUCUUCCUUCUUAUGCUUGGUCACUUAUUUGUCUUCGCCAAGAACAAGACAAGAGGACACUGGUUCCCGCUAUCACUCGGUUUCGCUGCUUACUGCCUGAUUAGACUUUUGGGCUUUGCUCUAAGAAUUGCUUGGGCAAAAGACAUCCUCAGAUUGCACACAGGCAUAGCAUCCGAGGUUCUGCUUGUCCUUCCAACGGUGUUUCUAGCCUCUCUCAACCUUGUACUGGCACAACGGCUCUUCACUUGGCGCCACCCUGUUGGCGGCAACCACAAACUCUUUCAAACUACCAUGAUGACAAUCUAUUCGGUUGUGGUCGCAGUCGUGAUCAUGACAAUUGUUGCAGGCGUGGUGCCGUAUUUAUACUUCCUGAACCAAAGCCACUACAACAUGUGCCGCAACGUUGUAAAGGUGACAUCCGUGCUCAUUUGUCUCUACUCGCUGUUGGCCAUAUUGCUUGUCUUAUGCGCAUUCUUGAUUCCUCCUUCUUCCCGGGACAAAAAAGCAACUGUAUUCCAGCCAUUUUGGAUCACGUCGUUUGCCCCAACUUAUUACGUUCCUCGGGGCGCUGCCGAGGAAGGACGGUACCUGUUUGUACAACGGCACGGUGACCUUUCCAAGUAUUCGGAGAGAACCAUCCUGAAAGGAGGACAUCUUUACUCGAUGGCGGAUGAGUCGUCGCAGCUCAAUCAAUAUGAAGCUCAAAAGGAAGCCAGAUAUUCUAUUAAGCACAAUAGCUCAAUUCUGCUGGUUGCACUCACAUCUGCAUGUGUCUUUAUUGGCGCGAUCUUCAGAUGCGUGCUUCUAUUCUUCGAUACAACGUACGCUACACAAGGGUGGCUCGCAAAACCAGUGGUUAUGUAUAUGCUCUGGGGAUUUUUGGAGGCUGUUGUCAAUCUGCUUUACUUACUCGGAAGGGUGGACUUGAGAUUUUACAGGCCUGAUAAGAUCCCAAAUAAGCUUAUGACUGCCACUGACUCGCCCGUGCUGCAAACUUUCAGUGGAGACAAGCCAGGGACACAAUCAAGCCCAAGUAUGGCCUACUAA